AUGAGGCUGCAGUUGGAGCAGGUCGCAGCCAGGAGUCGGGAGCUGCAGGGAAGAAAUGAAGCUGAUGCAGCGCCCCCUGCUGCUCUCCCAGACACAUCCAGCUCCGGCGUGGACAAACCGUCCACGUCUGCUUUGCAGGCAGACGUUUCGCGGUUGGAGGCGGCUCUGGUGGAUGUGAAGCGGGACGUGGACGGCCUGUCCGGGUGUCAGGACGGCUGCCAGAAGCUGGACACAAUCCAGCAGACGAUUUCAGAGCAGGUAUCGGGUCUGAUCCGGGAGGAGGUUCGGGCUCUGGUUUACGGGAACCAGCUGACCCAGGGCAGCGUCUCCGUCUUGCCAGAGUCCCUCCUGCAGUGGCUGUCGCAGCGGUUUGUGGGCGAGGCUGACCUGAAGGAGGCGCUGUCCUCUCUGGAGUCCAGCAUCCUGCAGAAACUCAGCAGGUGGCGGCGACAGCACAGUGGGGAGGAGACGGUCAUAGAGGAUGUACUGGACAUUCCUGGGAACGCUGUCACCAAGGAGGUGAGUGGGAAAGUCUCAGUUUUACCCUCACAUGGGAUGUUGGUACAUAUGACGGAAAAGAGAAGGUUCCAACCAGGACUGAAAUAG